GUGAUGCUGGCGGACAUAAAAGGAUCCUCCAUUAGCCGUUCUGUUGCAUCGUACUGUAGAAUGAGCAGUUGAAGGUUUGGCAGAAAUAAGGGCCUUUUCUCUUUUUACCACACCAGGUUUGCAUCAAGAAACUGGAGGAUAUAAAGUAUCUGACAAGAUCUUCUGUCUCGUAGCUGAGCGCGUUAGGAAGACGCGACAACCGGAUCUUGAGCUAUUGCGAAUUGCGAAUGACCAAGGACGGUACCAGCAGUGCCGGAUAAGGAUAAAGGACGGCUCCAGCACACUGGUAUUCAUCAGGUUACUAUCAUAGGUUCAGUACUUUUGUCUCGAGAACAGUACAAGACCUUGCAGUUUAUCUGAACAGGUUGUGAAAGAUACCCCUUGAUUGUCGAGAAGACCUUGGCAGCUAGGUGGUUGCGAUGACUUUGAUGGCUCAUCCAUCAUCAUCCAUGUCUUCUCUCUCGGAUCCUCAUCGUCAUCUCACAAUUUCAAUCUUCAGCAACUCUGAACACAAAACAAAAACACAACAGCUCAUCCAUUCGAAAACCAAACAACCACAAUGACAGGCCUUACCCAAGUUUCCGCAUCUGCCAUCACCAGCCCCCGCACAACUCCCCGCGUCGUCAAAGCCAUCUUGAAGAUCCCCAGCCUCAUCAAGAAACGCGGCAGCAAGAGAUCUGGCAAGAACUCCACCACACCCACCAAGGAGCCAGCGACUCCCUUUAUUCCUCAACUGGAAUUUGAAGAAGACUCUCCUUCUCUGACAACUGCUUCCCUCUCUUCUGACAGCUACUUGUCCCAUGAAUCCUCCGGAGACCUAAGCAGCUUGGCGUCGACUGCCUCUCUGGUUGCCAUGGCAAACCAGGAACAGCAAGAAGAAGCUCCUUUGGCAUUCCCGCCAUUCGAUCACUUUGCACCAGUUGUCCAAAACGAAAGCCCCUUCUUUCCCGGUCUUGAAAUGGAACCUGAAGAACCAGAAAUGGAACCUGCAGAUACUUUCUACUUUGCUCCCAUGCAAAGCAAGUACACGGAUCUCCAAUCCAGAUACUCCCGAAGAGGAAACGACUGGGGAUACUUUGUUGACUUUGAGUAAGCAAGCAGCCACGCUGACAAAAUGGAAAGGCGUGUUGUGUGUGUACAUUAUUACAUUUACUUAAAAUUACAUAUUUAGAGGAC